UUCCGAUCUAGCAAUUGGACAGGGGUCUCUGGAGACGCCUUUGAUACUGAGGAACUUGUAGAUUGUAUCAGCAAGCUCAAAUCUGGACAGUCUGUUCGUGUUCCAGUUUAUGAUUUUAAGACACAUCAGCAGUCGUCUGACAAAUAUACGCUGGUCAAUGCAUCCGAGGUAACCAUUUUGGAGGGCAUAUUGGUUUUUCAUGAACAACGUGUCCGCGACAUGAUGAAUUUGAAAAUCUUUGUUGAUACAGAUGCUGAUCUAAGGCUUGCCCGCAGAAUUAGACGGGACACAGUUGACAGGGGUAGAGAUGUACAGUCGGUACUGGAACAGCAUUCAAAAUUUGUUAAGCCUGCCUCUGAUGAUUUCAUUCUUCCAACCAAAAUAUUUGCCGACAUCAUAAUUCCUCGUGGGAAAGAGAAUGUAGUAGCAGUUGACUUGAUUGUUCGACAUAUCCGCACUAAGCUUGGCCAACAUAACCUCUGCAAAAUAUACCCGAAUUUGAAUGUUAUCCACUCUACAUACCAGGCAGUCGAACAUGGUCUAGGUCAUUUGCCAUUUACAGAAAAGCAGGUUAUCACACCUGCAGGAUCAAUUUACACUGGAGUUGAUUUCUGUAAGAAAUUGUGCAGUGUGUCUGUUAUUCGAAGUGGUGAAAGCAUGGAGAAUGCUUCGCGUGCAUGUUGUAAAGGAAUUAAAAUAGGAAAAAUUCUUAUCCACAGUGAAGGACGCGAUGAUACCCAGGUAACUCUACCAGCCAAGCCAUUGAGCUUCUCAUACGGACUGGAGUUCCAGAGUCCCGCAUUAUAUUCCCCAACCUCAUCUCUGCUCCUGAGGGAAUACACCGUAUAUUCCAACGUUUUCCAUACCUGAAAAUCGUCACUUCGGACAUUGAAGCUGGACUAAAUGAAGAGCUUCGAGUCACCAGGGCUGGGAGAAUUUGGAGACCGCUAUUUCGGUACUGAUGAGUGACCCAAAAAAAAAAAAAAAACUUAAACAAACACAAAAGCGGAAGACGAUUCUCACAGACUCAGAAGGUAGGGUCUGAGCGCGACAGAUAUCAAAUGCUAUUUAUUUCGUGCACGUACUCACUUUGUCCUUGUAUGUAAAAUAUUUUUUAAAAAUUUAUUUUGUUUUUAAA